AUGUCUUACGAAGACGUAGCCAUCAAAAUGGCAUCUACUCCAAGUCCGACUUCAUCAAACUCCACAAGCAAUAAUUCAGCAUCUCGCAGGCCUCCAAGAAAGAGUACCCUCACGCAGCAACAGAAAAACCAAAAACGACAGCGCGCAACCCAGGAUCAGCUCGUUACCUUAGAGAUGGAGUUUAACAAAAACCCAACACCCACUGCCACCGUCCGCGAAAGAAUAGCAGAGGAUAUCAAUAUGACAGAAAGAUCCGUGCAAAUAUGGUUUCAAAAUAGACGCGCCAAAAUAAAGCUUUUAGCCAAAAAGAGCAUUGAGACGGGUGAAAACUGCGAUUCAAUUCCUGAAUCAAUGCGUAAUUACUUGGCAAUGCAUCCUAUGGAAAACGCAAAAGCCUUGAGCGGAAGCUUUCUUGGUCGUUGUGGAAUCUCACCCUACGGAAAUGACAGCUUAAUGAUGGGUUCUGAACAAUGCCCCCAGGGCAAAGUUGUAAUUCAUCAUCUCAGCUGCAGAUCCUUAAGUAUAGGUUCCUGGAGGCGUGUUGGCCAAAAUGCGAUGGAUCUGAUCAUAUUUUACUCUCCCGAUAAACGGACUAUGACCUACUACAUCAAUAAUGACCAAGCUGGCUACAAGAUUGAGUACCCAUUUUCGUACAUUAAAAACGUCUACCUCGAAAAUGGUGAUCCUGAUUCGGGAAAGCCUGGUGGCCUGGUUGUCGAACUGACACGACCUCCCAAUUUCUUCAUGGACUCCUCCGGCUCGGGCGGAUUUUUUCAAUGCGGUGACUUUACCGAGGACCAGCAAGCUUCUCAGACCAUGACUCACUAUCUGGGAGGUCAUCCUAAAGUCUUGAGCGGUCAGCUAGCAAAGCUCGUAUCCCUAGAACCUUUCAUGUCUCGCCACGACGCCUUUGGGCACCAACAGAUCUCGGCAUCGGCUCCUGUCUCUCCCAGCCUUAUGAACCGACCAGCAUCCCAGCCUAAUGGAAAUGCCCAAGCCCAUGUUGGCAUGUUCCAGGAAAGCUGGGGUGUUAAUGCUCACCGGAACCUCCGUGGGCCCGGUCAUAAGCGUCAGCGAAGUCGGUCUGUACCCGCGCCCAUUGACUUUUCCAUGUUCAACAAUCCUAUGCCCUCUUUCUACAUUCAGCAUCCUGGCGAGCCGCAUUCGCCACCUAACCCUGCCAUCUUUGCCCCUAUACCUCAGCAGCCCAACAAUCUAGGGUCCUUGGGCCCGAACCUUCGUAUUGAUACGUCUUCCGGCUACAACAUGGAAUACCGACAAUAUCCUUUGUCUGCCACUACGACGAACUCCCCACCAGAAUUUGCCAGCCCUGGUUUUUUUCCCGGCCCAGAUUCAGCUGCAUUGACAGGGUCCUCUUACAACAACACACCCUGUGCAGUUCCCUACCUCUCUCCUACGCCAAUUGUUGAUCAAGGCGGAGCCAUGAUUCAGCCUUCCGCAUCGCCCCUAUCGUACAUGAGCCACCCCGACCCAGCAAUUGUCAACCAAUCACCACCUCUGUCAAUCAUGCACCGCGCACCAUCAGCCGAUGUAUACUCAAUGAAUCAUAGCUUUUCGAACAUGUCCGAUGACGGAAACGGUCUUAAUGAGAUGUACUCAAAACACACCAUCAAUAUCCCAAUACACUCUCCCGCAUUUAUGGAUCAAUCUGUCAUAGAUAUGGACAUGAAUCAGCUCAUUUCAUUCGAAGAUAACAGCGCAAGUCUGUCAUCUGAAGAUACGUCGCAGUAG